UACCUUCUUCUACAAAAUUUCACAAACCCAUUUCACCUUGAUCUCCAUUUUUUCAAAACCAUGGAGAUCAAAGCUGUAAAUGAACAGAACAAGAACACCCAGAACUCACCAAGAAAGAACAAGAAAGAUUUUUCUCUUGUUUCUAAUGAUGAACAAGUCCCUCUGUUAUUUCCCCAAAAAAUUGGGGACACUGAUCUUGGAAGAAGAAGAAUUGAAGGAGAGAUCAAUGGAGCAUCAUUUGUAGGCGCAGUUUUCAAUCUUUCCACCACCAUUAUUGGUGCUGGUAUAAUGGCAUUGCCUGCCGCCAUGAAAGUGCUAGGUCUUGGGCUUGGCAUGGCCAUGAUCAUCUUCAUUGCUGUAUUGACCGAGGCUUCUGUGGGGUUGUUGUUAAGGUUCAGUAGGGUUAGUGGGUCAGUUUCUUAUGGUGGUGUUAUGCAUGAGGCAUUUGGGAAUGGUGGAAGAAGAUUGUUGCAAGUUUCUGUGGUGAUCAAUAGCAUCGGUAUACUUAUUGUCUAUAUGAUCAUCAUCGGUGAUGUGCUAUCAGGGUCAUCUUCAAGUGGUAUUCACCAUGCUGGUUUGUUGGAAGAAUGGUUUGGAGAACACUGGUGGAAUGGGCGUGCCUUUGUCCUUGUUGUAACAACCCUUGGCGUGUUUGCUCCAUUGGCAAGUUUUAAGCGUAUCGAUUCAUUGAGAUUCACAUCUGCAUUGGCAGUUGCACUGGCAAUUGUUUUCCUAGUCAUCACUGCAGGAAUCACAAUUGUUAAAUUGGUGAAUGGAAGUAUUGAAGUGCCCAGAUUGCUCCCUGAUGUUUCUGAUAUUAAUUCGGUCUGGAAACUCUUCACAGUGGUCCCUGUUCUUGUCACCGCCUAUGUCUGCCACUUCAAUGUGCACAUUAUCGAGGAUGAGCUUGAAGACCCUUCCCUGAUACAAAUGGUUGUGCGCACUUCAUUGGGUCUAUGCUCCGCUGUUUACCUAAUGACAAGCUUCUUCGGUUUCCUCCUGUUUGGCGAUUCAACACUUGACGAUGUGCUGGCCAACUUCGAUACCAACCUUAGCGUUCCUUAUAGUUCUCAGCUCAAUGAUGUUGUUCGUGUCAGCUAUACUCUCCACCUCAUGCUUGUUUUCCCAGUCCUAUUCUAUCCACUUCGCCUAAAUUUGGAUGGCCUCCUCUUUCCCUCUGCGAGGUCUUUGGUUUCAGAUAACCUUCGAUUUGCACUGAUUAGCAUGGGUUUGAUUUCUCUGGUCUUUUUAGGUGCAAAUUUCAUACCCACUAUUUGGGAUGCUUUCCAGUUUACUGGAGCAACUGCUGCAGUGUGCCUUGGGUUCAUCUUUCCUGGGGCAGUUGCUCUAAGGGAUGCCCAUGGCAUAGCUACAAAGAAGGACAAGAUCUUAUCUAUUUUUAUGAUUGUUUUAGCGGUGUUUGCAAAUGUGGUAGCAAUAUACAGUGAUGCCUACGCCCUAAUCAAGAGAGAUGCAUCCCCCAUGUGAAUAAUCUCGGUAGCGUCGUCGUUAGCAGAUCAGGAGAAAGUUUCUCCCAUCAGUUGUUGCAAAUGGCUCCAAACUGUGUGACCAUUUAAAAUCUGGUUUCAGAAUCGUAUUGUUUGUGGAGGGGACAUUGGAGAAGCUAAAACACAUGGGUGAAUGGUACUCAAAUAUACAGGUUGAGGAGUUCUAGCAGUUCCCAUAGUGUUAAAUUUUCAUUGGAUACUGAUCUGUCCUCUGCAUUUAUCUAUUGCUUACAAAGCUUCUGGCACUGGAUCAUAAUACAUGGGUGAAUCUUCCUGUUGUCGUCUCUUUUCUGUGUUUCAUCAUCCGAAAGUUGG